CAUACGUAUGCACUUUUAUUGAAAUACAUACACAUUUCUAAAAGGGAACCCAAGGAACUGGAAGGGGACACGAAGGAAGUCUUUUCCGCUCGUCACGUUUUGCUGCCUUGAGCGUUCUCACCUCACAUUUAACUUAUUUUAUAAGUAAUCAAAAAACUAAAUCUACAAUGGAACUCCCAAGAUGUUUUUUUGACAUGACCGUCGAUGGACAACCAGCCGGUCGCAUUGUCAUCGAAUUGAGAAGCGACGUCGUUCCCAAGACUGCUGAGAACUUCCGGGCUCUUUGCACAGGAGAAAAAGGAUUUGGCUACAAGAACAGUUCGUUCCAUCGUGUCAUUCCAAAUUUCAUGUGCCAAGGUGGUGAUUUCACCAAGCACAAUGGCACCGGGGGAAAAUCCAUCUAUGGCGAGAAAUUCGAGGACGAGAACUUCAGUCUAAAACACACCGGACCAGGAAUCAUGUCCAUGGCGAAUGCUGGAGCAAACACCAACGGUUCACAAUUCUUCAUCACCACCGUUAAAACCUCAUGGUUGGACAAUAAACACGUUGUCUUUGGUGCCGUCGUCGACGGUAUGGACGUUGUGAAAAAAUUGGAGAGCUAUGGAACUCCAAAUGGAAAGACUUCCAAGAAAAUCGUCAUCGCCGACUCUGGUCAACUUUAAAUUUGUCUUCACAAUUCCUCAACGGGGAAGAGUCAUGUUGAUUUAAAAGAAAACAAAGCAUUUAAAUUUCCAUUCCCUCUGCCUAUUGAAUUGAAGUCAUGAAUGGAAAACAAGGAAUUGAAAAAUCAAUGGAAACAAGUUUUUGAUAUAUUUGAAAAUGUCGACAAAACACCAAUUAUGACUUUAUAAUUACAAUGACAUCUUUUUGAAAAAACGCACAUGUGCAAGCAUUUAUAUGUUUUCAAAUCAUAAAUUUCCAUUCAUUACCUCUUUGAAUACUUUUUCGAAAUUUAAACUCUCUCAGGGCAUUGAACAAAACUUUUAAUUCUCCGACUAGUACUUUUUUGUGUAUAGUAGGUGAUUAUAAAUCGACUCUAUUCCUAAUAUGUACUUAUUCACGUAAUAAUGUAAACAAUUUCUAUGCGUGGUGGUAUAUUCCCUUAAAAUAUAUACAUAUUCAUGAGACGAACAUUAACGUUCUUUGCCCUGGAUAUAAAUUUUUUUUACCAUGUUUUUCUAUUUUCAAUAGCCUUUGAUGGUCAUAUUGCAUUGAAUAAAUGAAUUUCUGUCAAA